AGAUAACAGGAGCGGGGACUCUAACGCCGAGUGGAAGGGGCCCGGUUUGGCAGAGCCGGCAUUAAAAAAGAGGGGAGAAAGGAAGGAAGACAAAAGGAAACCUAAUUUGUGGACGGCAGUUGGAUUUAUUAUCUCUCAAGCUUGCAGAGAAGCGCGUGGAGAGCUCUCUUCUUUUCGGUUGAGGAUAAAUUUGGGAAAGUUAAAGGUCCCCCUGUCACCCUAUCGGCUCUCGGACUCUUCCAGGCUAGUGUGGUGACGCGGCUUGAAGAUCCUCGACGACGGCCACUCACACCGAAGCAAAUACCAUAUGGAUAUUUAACUUUGCUUAUUUUCCCACACGGCUUUCUUUUGAACGCGGAGGCUGGAUUAUACUUUCUUUUGACGUUUUUCUUUUCAGGAUUUCAGGAUUUUCAUCGAUGGUCGUUCGGCAGUCUCUUGGCUAGCUGCUAGCAGUUACUUUUCAUCCCAGGCGUUAGCUAGCCGUCGUUAGCUUCGGCUAGAUAUGAGCGCCGCUGUUAGCUAGCUUGCUUCCCAUCUGUUUUUCCUUUGCCUAGAUUGAGUGUAGUUUUUUCCAGGGUUUUCAUUUUAACUCACUGCCUCCUGGGCAGGUAAAGUGAGUAGAAGCUCGGGACCAUGUCUAACGUAUCGUAAUACUUAAAAAAACGCAACUGGAGCUUUCCUUUAAAAAUAUUUAAAAUAUUUAGCUAUGAUUGCUAGCUAGCAGGCAAUACUGCAAAACCCGAAAAGUGCCGGAAAAUUAUCGCUGUGUUACUUGUAAGGCCUUUGGGAUCUUUUGCUGUCUGUUCGCUUGGAUAGUUUUAAAACUAAUUUAAAGCAUUUUUUAAAGGAUUUUUCCCCCUUGUUUAAUGUUAAGGCACAUGCUCGCUCUUAAAACUUUUAUGAUUAUUUUUCUAGCUGCAAGCUAGUUUAUUAUAAAGGGAGGGAAACCGGAGUAAAGAACUAUUUAGAAAGUUACCCCAAAACAAAAGGAGAAAGUGGACCUGACAAAGGCACCUCAUCUCUGCUGGCAAGAUGAUGUGCGAGGUGAUGCCCACAAUCAGCGAGGCAGAGAUCCCACCAGGGGGUGGUGGCAGCUGUGGUUCAGGCUCUCCACUGCAGUCAGACUCUGAUGGACACUUUGAGUCUCUCAUGGUGUCAAUGCUGGAGGAGCGGGACCGACUGCUGGAGACGCUGCGUGAGACCCAGGAGAACCUUGGGCUGACUCAAAGCAAGCUGCAUGAGGUCAGCCAUGAGCGUGAUGCACUACAGAGGCAGCUCAAUACGGCUCUGCCCCAGGAGUUUGCGGCGCUUACUAAGGAAGUGAACAUAUGCAGAGAGCAGCUGUUGGAGAGGGAAGAGGAGAUCUCUGAGCUGAAGGCCGAGAGGAACAACACACGGCUACUGCUGGAGCACUUGGAGUGCCUGGUCUCCAGGCAUGAGCGCUCACUGCGGAUGACCGUGGUGAAGAGGCAGGCUCAGUCUCCGGCUGGUGUGUCCAGUGAGGUGGAAGUGCUCAAGGCCCUUAAGUCUUUGUUCGAGCACCACAAAGCGCUGGAUGAGAAGGUGAGGGAGAGGCUGCGAGUUGCCCUAGAGCGGUGCAGCGCCUUGGAGGAGCAACUGACAUCAUCUAACAAGGAGUUGGCCUUUUUCCGAGAACAAAACAGCCAGAAGAAAGCAGUGAUAGGCGGAGGGGUUGAAGUCAACCACGAUGCUGAGAAUGUUCCCAGCACGAAUGGCAAGAGGUCAUCAGAUGGGUCUCUGAACCAUGAGGAGGACCUGUCUAAGGUUGUGGAACUGCAGGAGGUCAUCGACCGGCAGAACAAAGACCUUGGCCAGAUGAAGGAGCGCCUAUCAACACUCUCGAACCGGGUGGCAGAACUGGAGGAAGACCUGGAUACUGCCCGCAAGGACCUCAUCAAGUCAGAGGACAUGAACACCAGGCUGCAGAGGGACCUUCGGGAGUCCAUGGCGCAGAAGGAGGACAUGGAGGAGAGAAUCACAACUCUAGAGAAACGCUACCUUGCCGCUCAACGUGAAGCUACAUCUGUACAUGACCUCAAUGACAAACUGGAAAACGAAGUUGCCAACAAGGAGUCCGUCUUUCGCCAGUCAGAAGAUAGGAACCGGCAGCUGCAGGAAAGGCUUGAGCUAGCAGAGCAGAAGCUGCAGCAGACCAUGAGGAAGGCAGAAACCUUGCCAGAGGUGGAGGCAGAGCUGGCCCAGAGGGUGGCAGCUCUCUCGAAGCCUCUCCAGUCUGUGUGUGCUGACUCUGGCCUUAAGGAAGCUAAGUUGCAGAGGAAGGCUGAGGAGCGGCAUGGAAACAUCGAGGAGCGACUCAGGCAGAUGGAGGCCCAGCUGGAGGAGAAGAACCAGGAAUUGCUGAGGGCCCGUCAGAGAGAGAAGAUGAAUGAGGAGCAUAACAAGCGCCUGUCUGAAACAGUGGACAGGCUGCUGUCGGAGUCUAAUGAGAGGCUACAGCUCCAUCUAAAGGAAAGAAUGUCUGCUCUGGAAGACAAGAACGCACUCAUUCGAGAUCUGGAGCAUACAAAGAAGCUGAUUGAAGAGGCUCACCGUGAGAAGGAGCAACUUCUUAUCGAGAUUGAGACCAUGAGAGCAGAGAAUGAACAGGGACGUAGCCGGAGCAACUCCCUGCUGCAUCAUGGCCGCUCCCACCUGGUCAGCACCCCGGACUUCAGGUACCCGGUGUCUGCGUCCUCCAUGAUGGACAGCCACUCUGAGCACUAUAGUGGUGCGCUGGUGCUGAGGCGGCCACAGAAGGGCCGGGUAGCCGCCCUCCGGGACGAGCCCUCCAAGGUCCAGACGCUGAACGAGCAGGAGUGGGAGCGUGUGCAGCAGGCCAACGUACUGGCCAACGUGGCACAUGCCUUUGAGAGCGACAUGGACAUGUCUGACGUAGAGGACGAUCGCGAGACCAUCUUCAGCUCUGUGGACCUGUUGUCUCCUGCUGGCCAGGCUGAUGCCCAAACCCUGGCUCUAAUGCUGCAGGAACAGCUGGACGCCAUCAACAAUGAAAUCAGGAUGAUCCAGGAGGAGAAGGAGAGCACCACACAGCGGGCAGAGGAGAUUGAGAGUCGGGUCGGCAGCGGCGACAACUUGGGAGGGCGAUUUCGCUCACUCAGCUCCCUCCAUCCAUCCUUUGCGGGGUCCUCUCAGGCUGGCUCCUCACCCCCGGGAUCUGGUCACUCCACCCCAUGCCGUAUGCCCCGCAGCCCCAACCGGGAGGUUGACCGAAUGGGCGUCAUGACCCUGCACUCCUGCUAUGAUCCAUAUGUUACUGAGACCUCCCCCUCACAUCAGACUGUAGCUUACCUGCCAUAUUCCUCCGCUAGCUCCGCCCCUCCAUAUAGCAAUGCACCGUGCUACAUCAAGUCUUCGCAGGAUGACAAAGCUACAAUAAAAUGUGAGACCUCUCCUCCUUCAACCCCCCGGUCCAUUCGUCUCCAUGGGGGGAGCAUUCAUGCUGCCAGUCAUGAAGACCUCAGGGAUAUCAGAAGUGCUGCCAGCCUUGCCGAUGGCCAGGGCAGUAAUCCCAGUAGCAGCAACAGCAGCCAAGACUCUCUGAACAAGGCUACCAAGAAGAAGAGCAUCAAGUCAUCUAUCGGGAGGCUUUUUGGAAAAAAGGAAAAGGGCAGACCAGGCCCCCUUGGCAAAGAUGGCUCCAGCCAAGCAGGUACGCCUGAUGCUGAGAACUCGCCAUCAGAUGCCUUAAGCCUUGGCAAGCUGGGCAACCAGGGGGAGAAGAACAGGAAGCUACAGAAAAAGCAUGAACUGCUAGAAGAGGCACGCAGACAGGGUCUGCCGUUUGCCCAGUGGGACGGCCCUACAGUGGUGGUCUGGCUGGAGCUGUGGGUGGGCAUGCCCGCCUGGUACGUGGCCGCCUGCCGUGCCAACGUGAAGAGCGGCGCCAUCAUGUCAGCACUAUCGGACACGGAGAUCCAGCGCGAGAUCGGCAUCAGCAACCCACUGCACCGGCUCAAGCUGCGGCUGGCCAUCCAGGAGAUCAUGUCCCUGACCAGCCCAUCGGCGCCCCCUACAUCCCGCACGCCCACGGGCAAUAUAUGGGUCACGCACGAAGAGAUGGAGAGCCUCGCAGCCACGCCACAGACGGAGGAUGAGGAGGGCAGCUGGGCCCAGACCUUGGCAUACGGGGACAUGAACCACGAGUGGAUUGGCAACGAGUGGCUGCCCAGCCUGGGCCUGCCGCAGUACCGCAGCUAUUUCAUGGAGUGCCUGGUGGACGCCCGCAUGCUGGACCACCUCACCAAAAAGGACCUGCGCGGCCAGCUCAAAAUGGUGGAUAGCUUUCACAGAAAUAGCUUCCAGUGUGGCGUCAUGUGUUUGCGGCGGCUGAAUUACGAUAAGAACGAACUGCAGAGAAGGCGGGAGGACUCCCCAACAGAGGUUAAAGAUGUACUGGUGUGGACCAAUGACCGGGUCAUUAACUGGGUUCAGUCCAUCGGGCUGAAAGAGUAUGCAGAUAACCUGCUGGAGAGCGGAGUGCAUGGAGCCCUGUUUGCCUUAGAGGAGACCUUCGACCACAAUGCCCUGGCUCUGCUGCUGCAGAUCCCCACCCAGAACACGCAGGCAAGAGCUCUUCUAGAGAGAGAAUAUAACAACAUUUUGGUCCUGGGUACCGAACGAAGACUAGAUGAGGACGAUGACAAGAACUUCAGGCGGGCACCUUCUUGGAGGAAGAAAUUUAGACCCAAAGAUGUUCGGGGGAUGUCAGUAGGAUCAGCUGAAACGCUUCCAGCCAACUUCAGGGUCACCAAUACUAUGUCUUCACCAUCUAUGCAGCCAAAAAAGAUGCCGAUGGACGGAAACAUAACUGGGCAACAAAGGUUGGAUUCUGCUACAGUAAGAACUUACUCCUGUUAACACACCUCAGCCACGUUUAUCCACAUUAUUUCUAUAGGUAAUUAUGCAGCACAAAUCCAGUUGAAGUCAAUAUUCACAGAAUCAGGAAGGAACCAUCAACGUUAAGAGGACUUUUUAAAAUAUUUUAUUACAGAGUAUAAUUAUCAAUUACUGCAAAUCUCUUGGUCUAUGCUAAAGAAAAUAGUUUAUUUAUGUAAACUGAUGGGACAUUUUAUGAAAUUUUAUUUGCUUUUUUCUUUCAAAUUCUUUUACCCUUAAAUGUAAACUACUUCAGAUAUAACUGAAUGUAUCAUAAAUCUGAAUAUUGUAUAUGUACCUACAGACCUUAUCUAGUCUUUAUUUCUUAUUCUGUAUUUUACAAUGUCCUUGAUGAAACCAUGAAAUUUAAGCUAAAUUGACUAAUUCACGUCCCUGCCUAUUUUAAAUCAAGACAGCUGUUAGGUCAAUAAUUUGGCCAAUCUGUCUCUGACCAGCAGGCUGGGGUAAACAUGACUUUUGUUUUGGGAUUUUAGGCAGAGUCAUGGUUGCUUUGGCCAAGAACAGAUGACUUGUUUUUAUUAUUUUUUUUUUUAUUUUGCUUUGUUAAAAUGGAGAUACCAAAACGAAAUAUUUGAAAAAGCCAUAAAUAGUGAGGAUGAGGGCUCACUAUGGAGGAAUUGCCUGGCUAAUGGGCCUUAGAGAAUCAAUUCUCUGAGCAAAUAACAGAACUCCAUUCCUUCCUCCUCUUCCUUGGGAACACAUGUGGAAGCAAGCUGACGUGACUUUCUUCUUCGCUGAAGGACCAAUUCCACUGUGGCCUUGUUUCAAAUGGCAUAUUUGAAGACAGCAUUGUUUCUUCAAAACUUUUGAAUGCAUUGUAUGAAGACUUUAAGCCUUAUUUUUAAUUCAUUAUUUAUUCUUGUCUUAUAGCAGUUGCCAUUUUAUUAUAUAUAUAUAUAUAUAUAUAUAUAUAUAUAUAGUGAUGGCUGGAGUGUUUCUGAAUAUUUUCAGCUGAUGUUAAAUGAUGGUUUCUCAAUUUGUUAGGCAAUGUUGAGAAAUCAUUCUUAAGGUUUUCUCACCUGUAUGUUUGUCUCUGUGAUCUAAACAUUUAUGCACAAUUCAAAUCAUCUUACUGUCAUAUUUGUGUUCUGUUUCUUUUAGAUCUCAUGAUCUUGUAACAAGCAAUGUACAGUACUUCAACUUUUUAUCACAGUAUUAUUUAUUGCUUACUUUCAAUAAAAUACUGAAACUUAUUUUCCACUGCCAAUAAAAAGACUAAGUCUUUGUUUU